AUGCCUAACGUAUCCUUUGACGUCUUCUUUGACAAGGACUUUAUUAACAUCACUGCCACUCGAGGGACGACUGCUCCCAAGGCCAAACCCGAGUGGAAAGUCCGUACCGCACCAAAGUUGCCACCAAAAGAGAAACCUCAAGAAGCCAACACCACCCCAAGACCCCCUCCGAGACAGAAGUUGACCUCUACUCGUCAAUCUCUCGCCCCCAAAAGACAGGCUUCUGCCCCUCAACAGGUCUCUCCAGACACCUCAGACGCAGCUUCUCAGACCGGUGAACAACCUCGACGAAAGCCACCCAAGCUUGGUCCUCGAAAUGGUGUUGCAACUGCGGGAUCAUACACUGGAGGCGCCAUCAGUGCAGUGGGAAAUAGUAUCAAUGGAAUAGGUGAAGGAAUCAACAGAUCUAUAAAGAGAUAUGGGGAUGGAGUUUUGGAUUAUGGGAAUGGCGUCAUGGACUGGACAUCAGCUACUGGAAGUCGAGCUCAGACAGCGAGUAAUCCUCUCGGCCUCAGCUCAGGGACCACCCAGGGCAAGAGGAUGGUGACAAGCCCUCAAGUUUAUCGUGCAUCACAGCCCAGCAGCAAUGCCUCUAAGGCACUGAUGACGACUAACAAAACUGUUAAUUCUCAAAAAAAAAUCGAAGGGGGACAAACCAAGAAGGCUCUCCCAGGGCCAGGAGCAACUUCUGCGGGGAAGAAACAGGUUGCGACUGGGAGCCGCGGGGCUCCCACAACCGUGAAAAAGACCGAGACCAAGGCACCUGUCAAGAAGCCUGCUGUUGGUACCAAAUCCAACACACCCAAUCCUGGAGCAAUGAGACAGUCGAAUACAAAACCGGGCGCUGGUACGACAAGGAAAGCUGCCCCAGUCAAAGCCAGCACUGCGUCUGUUCCAAAAACAUCAAUCGCAAAACCACAAGGCAAAAUCAAUCACACUGCAGCAGCCAAUCCUUUGGGGCUUUCAUAUUAG